UUUAAAUAAGCCAUUUGGUUCCAUCUGCAGUUACCCACUUCAGAGUUAUUCAAACCUCAAAAACCCAUUAAAACUCUCUCUCUCCUCUCUCUUCCUUUAAAAAUCCUUCCCUCUCUUCCAAACGCCCAUCAGAUCAGACCCAUUUAUUUUCUUUCCUCUGCUAAUUAAUUUUCUCGGAAUCCAAACAUGGUUGAAAUCGUUGCUCAGAGAACACCCAAAUUAUGGUGCUUCAUUGUUUUCUGGAUGUCAGUGAUGAUCAACAUUGCAUUCUCCGAUAGCCCGUAUAGAUUCUUCGAUUGGAACGUCACCUACGGCGAUAUCUAUCCUCUCGGCGUUCGUCAACAGGGUAUUUUGAUAAACGGACAAUUUCCGGGACCGGAUAUCUACGCAGUUACGAAUGAUAAUCUUUAUAUCAAUGUCCAUAACAGUCUCCCGGAGCCAUUUCUUCUCUCUUGGAGUGGAGUUCAACAAAGGAAGAAUUCGUACCAAGAUGGAGUGUACGGAACGACGUGCCCAAUUCCUCCGGGGAAGAAUUUCACAUACAGAAUUCAGGUGAAGGAUCAGAUCGGAAGUUUCUUCUAUUUCCCCUCUCUUGCCCUCCACAAGGCCGCCGGCGGUUUCGGAAGCAUCAGAGUCCUUAGCCGCCCCCUCAUUCCGGUCCCCUUCCCGGACCCCGCCGGCGAUUUCACCCUCCUCAUCGGUGACUGGUACACCACCAACCACAAGACAUUGCAGACCAUCUUGGAUCGUGGUCACAGGCUCCCUUUCCCUAAUGGAAUUGUUAUCAAUGGCCGUGGUCCGAACGCUACCACUUUCACCGUCGAGAAGGGUAAAACUUACAGGUUCAGAAUAUCGAAUGUGGGGCUGGAGCAUUCGCUCAAUUUCAGGGUUCAAGAUCAUGAGAUGAAGCUUGUUGAAGUUGAAGGCACUCACACAAUGCAGAAUACUUAUUCUUCGCUUGAUGUUCAUGUGGGUCAGUCUUAUUCAGUGCUCAUCACUGCGGAUCAGCCGUCUCGUGACUUCUAUAUCGCGGUCUCGACACGGUUUGCUUCCAAGAUCCUCACCUCCACUGCCAUCCUUCACUACAGCGACUCCACCACCUCUGUUGCUGGUCCUAUUCCGGGUGGUCCAACCAAUCAAAUCGAUUGGUCGCUUAAUCAGGCUCGUUCCAUCAGGACUAAUCUCACUGCAAGUGGACCGAGACCAAAUCCACAGGGCUCGUAUCACUAUGGCCUGAUAAAUGUUUCCAGGACAAUUAGGCUGGAGAGUUCAGCAGCUCUUGUCGAUCGCAAGCAGAGAUAUGCUGUUAACAGUGUGUCUUUCAUUCCUGCUGACACUCCUCUUAAACUUGCGGAUUACUUCAACAUUAAUGGUGUUUUUCGCAUUGGAAUUAUACCAGAUUUUCCAUCUAGAAAGAAAAUGUACCUUGACACCUCCGUCUUGGGUGCUGAUUAUAGAGCCUUUAUUGAGAUUGUCUUCCAGAACCACGAGAACAUUGUACAGAGUUGGCACCUUGAUGGAUACAACUUCUGGGUUGUUGGAAUGGAUGGAGGAGUUUGGACUCCUGCUAGCAGAGAACAGUACAAUCUCAGAGAUGCAGUUUCAAGGUGUACCACUCAGGUGUACCCAAAGUCGUGGACUGCCAUUUAUGUUUCACUUGACAAUGUUGGAAUGUGGAACAUAAGGUCAGAGUUCUGGGCAAGACAAUACCUUGGGCAACAACUUUAUCUCAGAGUUUACACACCAGUUAAGUCCUUGAGGGAUGAGUACAAUAUUCCAGAUAAUGCUCUCCUUUGUGGGAAGGCUGUUGGCAGAAGCACAAUAUCUCCAUAAAUAACUGCUGUCAAAGAUGUACAGCACAUUCUUUCAAUUGAGCUUUGGGUUGGCAAAAAUCCUAUUUGCACCCGUCUACAGUAUUUUUCUAAGCAUAUUUUAACGGCAUUUUGUUCAUCUUCUGUAAUCUGGCAUUCUUCCUCUGGUUUAGUUUUGCUUCAAAUUACAAAGUAUCAGUAUGCAGUAGAAAGAUAAAGGAGAGGCACAUGUACGGCUAACCUGUUUACAAAGUCAUAAUGGUCUUGGAAAAAUUUCAGCCAUGUGUUUCCCCCUCUUUCUUCUUCCUUGCUGUAAACUUGCAUUGUAAUUUGAACAAAACGAAAAAGAUAGGGAAAAAGGAAAAAGAAAAUGUAUUAGAGAGGAAGAUGGCAACUUCAGUAGUUCAUUUCAGAAAGAAGUUGCUCAUAAAUUACUGUGAAUUAUUGUACCCCAAUAAGAAUAGUGCUUGAUAUCCUUUAAUCAUUAUUUAUUUUUUAAGGUCAUCCAGGUUCCAUUUUUCUCUAACCCCCACCCCCACCCCAAUGUAACUUCUAUCUUCUGUUUUCUGAGGAAUAAGAAUAAUACUGUUUGUUUGAAUUGAAUUA